GGCGGCGGCCCCGGCCCGGCCCGGUCCCGGUCCCGGUCCCGGUCCCGGCCCGCUCAUGGCGGCCCGGCGGCUCCGCGGUGCCCUCCAGCUCGGGGCGCGGCAGCGCCUGCGGGCCGGGGCGGCCCCGCCCUGCAGACACGCAGCCCUGGGUGGCCUCCGGCUGUCCCGCCUGGCCAGGCCGGGCCCCGCGCCCUGGGAGCCCCGUUCCCAGCCCAGCAGGACCUUCCUGAGCCUCACCACCAAGCGCAAGGAGUACUCGGAGCGGCGCAUCAUCGGGUACUCGAUGCAGGAGAUGUACGACGUGGUGGCCAACGUGGAGGACUACAAGAACUUCGUGCCCUGGUGCAAGAAGUCGGUGGUGGUGUCGCGGCGCUCGGGGCACAUCAAGGCCCAGCUGGAGGUGGGGUUCCCGCCCGUGCUGGAGCGUUACACGUCCAUCGUCACCCUGGUCCGGCCUCACCUGGUCAAGGCCGUCUGCACCGACGGGCGCCUCUUCAACCACCUGGAGACCAACUGGCGCUUCAGCCCCGGCAUCCCCGGCUACCCCCGCACCAGCACCGUGGACUUCUCGAUCUCCUUCGAGUUCCGCUCCCUGCUGCACUCCCAGCUGGCCACCGUGUUCUUCGACGAGGUGGUCAAGCAGAUGGUGGCCGCCUUCGAGCGCCGCGCGGCCAAGAACUUCGGGCCUGAGACCCGCAUCCCCCGGGAGCUCAUGUUCCACGAGGUGCACCAGACGUGAGGGCGGCGGGGCCGGGCCCCCCCGGACUGUGCCGGGCUGGGGCUCCCCUGCCCCGGGCCCGCCCCCCAAAUAUUUAUUCGAGUGCGUCUCCGCUGCCGUUGCCUCAAUGUCCCCCCGGCCCGGGGGGCUGCGUCCUGGCGCUGGACUCUCCCUGGUUUUGUAGCUGAUUUGGGGUUUUAAGUUUUGUUUUUAGUUCUCGGGAGUUGUUUUUGGUUUUGUUUUGUUUGGGGGUUUUUUAUUUAACCCUUUUUUUUUUUUGUUCUUUUAACUCCCCGGCCAGGCCGGAGGGUCCCAGCGGGGACAGCUCCCGGUGCCUGGGCCGUGCUCCGGGACACAGGGAGGAGGGAAGGGUUUGCUGGGUGGGGGGGCCUGGCCGGAUCCCACACAGAGCUGCUGGGACCCUCCACGUCCUCCCCAGCCCUCCCAGGAACAAAAGGGAAGGGGCUGGCACAGGGAGGAGCCCCCCGAGCCCCGGCUCACGGCCGAGGGACCCCC